AUGGCCGACGACGACGAGCAGCUCUCCAUCUACGACGAGGUCGAGAUCGAGGACAUGACGUUUGACGAGGCGCUGCAGACGUACCACUACCCGUGUCCUUGCGGCGACAAGUUUGAGAUUGCGCUUUGCGACUUGCAGGACGGGGCGGACAUUGCUGUCUGUCCGAGUUGCAGCUUGAUGAUUAGGGUUAUUUUUGAGGUGGAGGAUUUGCCCGGGGGAGGAGGGAAGGGGGUUGAAGGGGGGAAGGCGGUGGCUGUUUCUGCUUAG